GAAAGAAGAGCACGGGGCGGGAUGAAUCCAGUCCACGCACACCUCUACACAGAAAAUCAGUGGUAUUCAGGAGCGACAGGGACCGAGAAUACAUCAGCGAGACGGGGACAGGAAAAAACAAACAGGGAGACAUAGACAGAGAAACGGAGGCUGCUUAUCGAGGACACUCUGCAGCAUAGCUGUUGACAUGGAUGUGUCAGUCUGACCAGCUCCAGACACGGCCCCGCUCUCCAACAGGUCCGCCGCAGCCGCGAGCAUGUCGACGGAGGAAGGAAUCGGCCAGCGUGAGGAAGGGGAGUACGGAAGGGCGGCAAAGCGGCUGAAAACGGAGGAGAGGGAGGAGGGGGAGGAGCUGGAGGAGGGAGAGGAUUCGGACUCCGGUUCACUGCCCGGUAACGGAGAAUCAGUGGCCGACAACCGGGCCCGGUGGAGCUCCAGCCAGUACGGCGCAGGACGGAGGGAUAAUGGCGAGGACUCCCAUCGAAUAUCUCCCAGUCCUGUGGUCCAUGUCAGGGGUCUGUGUGAGGCUGUGGUGGAAGCAGACCUGAUAGAUGCCCUGGAGAAGUUUGGACCCAUAUGUUAUGUGAUGAUGAUGCCAUUCAAACGUCAGGCUCUAGUGGAGUUCUCAGCUGUGGAGAGUGCUGACCGCUGUGUGUCCUGUGGAGCGAAGGAGCCAGUAUACAUUGCAGGCCAACAGGCAUACUUUAACUACUCCACAUCCAAGAGAAUCACCCGGCCUACCAAUGCUGACAACCCCAACAGUGGCAACAAGGUCCUGUUGCUGUCCAUACAGAACCCCCUCUACCCUAUAACCACGGAUGUUCUGUACACUGUGUGUAACCCCAUCGGCAGUGUGCUAAGGAUUGUCAUCUUUAAACGAAAUGGGAUCCAGGCCAUGGUAGAGUUUGAGUCAGUUCAAUGUGCUCAGAAGGCCAAAGCUGCGCUGAAUGGAGCUGACAUUUACGCUGGAUGCUGUACACUCAAGAUUGAAUAUGCAAGGGUAAGAGAUACAAAACACCUCAGCAGUCACAGACACAGGCCUGGUGUCAGUCUAUAAUAAGUCUAUAAAAAACAAUAUUUUCUACAGGAAGUCACAUAAAUAAAUUGUAGGUUCUUGCGAAAGCCUGUGAGCAGUGCAUUACAGUAAUCAUGUCCCACAAGAGAUCACUGUCAAAGAUUACCCCCUAGAUUAUUAGCCACAAGUAUAAUGUUGACAAAACAAUGAUGGUGACAAAAAUGUCACCAGUUUCUGAAAUGGUAGAGACAUAAGCAGCACACGUACAAAGCCUUAUUGUCAGACCAACAUGCUUGAAGCAAACUAAAUGAAUAAAAAUAAAUUAUUAUUAUUAAAAACACAUAAAAGACAACCAAUCAUAUACAUACACAUACUGUUCAUACUGCUUCAAGUCAGUUGCAUUCUCAGUGUGGCAGAGAAGUGAGGAGUGUGUGCAGUAAUGAGAGGAGUCUACCUGGAGGCUCCACUGUGGAGUCAGCCCUGCUCUCAGGACAUGAAAUCUAAUUCUGUAACUGUAGCAUGUAUAUUGUAAGACUGUCACUUCAAAAUCAACAUUGAAUGAAUUAAAAUAACCCACAGUUGUUCAAACUAAUUAGAACUGAGUGUGCUGAAUAAUAUGCAGUAAAAUGAGGCCGUACACUUGGCACUGCUCUCCUCGUCUGUGCUGCCUCUGCUGUCUCAGUGGGAUGGUAAGCUAGCAGGUGAGUCUGCAGAUUCAUUGUUGUUGAAGCAGUUUCCUUUGAUAAAGUCGACAAUUAGCCUUAUCUUUAUUUGUGACUUUGCCAUCCAAAACACUUCCACGUGCUGCUUCUCAGAAGUUUUAGUGUCAUGAUUAUCAGGUCGGCUCUGCUCGCCAUUUUCGUAACAAAAUAACACUGUAUUAUCAUUAGCUUAGGCAGUAGGGCAUGUAAUAGGUCAAGCUGAUAGAGUCUGUUG